GUCCCUGAUCGAACCCAUUCCGAUCGGCCCAUCCCCCUUUUCCCCGUCGCACGACGAAGCACCAAAACUCACAAGCGAGCAACCCAGGCGCGGAGAUGGCAGACGUCAGCGGCGGCGCGGGGGGCCGGCGGCCGCUGGGGCUGCUGGCGAACGCGGCGAAGCGGAAGGACGGGUUCGUGCAGCUGUUGCUGAUGGCGGGCGUCUUCAUGAUGAGCCUGCGGUCCCUGGGUCAGAAGCACCGCCUCCGCGACCUCGCCGAUGACGCCGCCGACCUCCGCCGCGAGCGCGACCACCUCUCCCUCCGCAUGAGGGACCUCCAGGACGCGCUCCGUCGCGAGGCCGGCGCCGACGCGUCAGGCUCCCUCGCGUCCCACCUCCGCCGCAUCUUCGCCGCACACCCCACCCCUGGUACCGCCGCCGCCGCGGAGGAUAACUAGCCGGCCUUCCCCAGAAAUCCUCCCCGCGUUUUCGUUCGAUGAUGUUGUGUUUGCCUGUUUAGCCGUGAGGACUUUGCGUGCGCGCUGUUGUCGCAGCCUGACGAGACAUGUCCGUCCGUGCACGCUUGUUUGUGGAAAUGCUGCAGAGGCGGCUGAAUUGCAUGGCACUGACGAAAAUUGUUACUACAACCUUGCGCCAUGAGACUGAAAUUUCUUCGAUGUUUUUGGUUUAAUCGACGGUCUUUUGCUUC